UCACACCUCCUUUGGAAGGAGGCUCUUCAUGACCUGCUCCCUCCUGCUCUCUCGGUUUCUCAGACUCUCUCAGCUCAGGCAACCAAAUGAUUUUGCUCGAUAUCCUCUGUCACCCGCUGUGGGCUCUGUCCACCGCGGUGCUGGCGCUGGUCGUGCGCCUUCAGCGGAGAGGACGCUGGGAUCCGCUGGCCUGCACCGUGCGCCUCAAUGGGAAGACGGCUAUAGUGACCGGAGCCAAUACAGGGAUCGGGAAGUUCAUUGCCAUGGACUUUGCACGACGUGGAGCCCGCGUCAUCCUCGCCUGUCGUAGUGAAGCCCGGGGGAUGGGAGCACUGAACGAAAUCCGGGAGAAAACUGGAAACUCUGACGUCCACCUACGUCUGGUGGACCUGUCUUCUCUGGACUCUGUCAGGGCGUUUGCUCAAAGGAUUGUGGAGGAGGAGAACGCUCUGCACAUCCUUGUCAACAAUGCUGCCGUAUCAGGUUUACCCAGGCAGAUGACCAAGGAAGGUUUUGAAAUGUCUUUUGCCACCAACCACCUGGGGCCGUUCCUUCUCACCAACCUGCUGCUGGAUCUGAUGAAGCGCUCGGCUCCGGCGCGUAUCGUCACCCUCAGCUCAGUCAACCAUAAGAAAGGUCAAGUGGACUUCUCUCAUUUUCAUGGCGACAACCUCACGUAUCACAUGGACAACGUCUACAACCACACGAAGCUGCACAACAUCAUCUGUACCAAUGAACUCGCCCACAGGUUAGAGGGGACAGGUGUCACUGCAAACUCCGUCCACCCUGGUAUUGUGAUGACCGAGGUAUUGAGAAGCUAUCCGUUCAGGAUCCGCUUCGUGUUCAACAUCAUUGGAUUUUUUUUUUUCAAGUCUCCAGAAGAGGGUGCAGUCAGCUCACUCUACUGCGCAGUGGCGGAGGAGACCGAGGGGAUAACUGGGAAGUAUUUUGACAGCGACUGCUCUCUGGUUCUACCCUCGGCUUUAGCACGAGACACUGCCCUGGCGGUCAAGGACUUUGAGUUAUGUGAGAGACUGACAUCCAAGCUCUGAGACUAUUAUCAGGCAAAUGGCAGCUGACAGAAAAGGCCUAUGUCCAACUCAUGGGAUGAAGUCUGACAUCUGGGCAAAGAGCUCUCUUUAAAGCCAGCAGGCGGAUUUUCUGAAUAUAUUUCCAUAGAUAAUUACAGGGACAGGAUUUUCAAGGGAAGUACAAAUGAAUGUUAGUUAUAUUGUCACGUGAUUAGGACCACUCUAUGCUUUCUCUACAUCAAAGAGGAGAAACAUUUCCUAAAAUGACAAGUCUUUGUCAGUCUUCCUUAGCUUGGUGUGAACAACAUGUCAAAUGUGGAUAAUCACUUUGUUAUAUUCUGCACCUUUGACCAUCUCAUUAUUUCCUCUUUCAUUAUUGGGAAAACUAUCUUCCUCAUAUCUCCGCUCUGGAAUCACUUGUUCCUGUUCCAGUCCGUUUAAUCGCAUUUGUUAUUACCUGCUCUAAGAGUUGCAGGAUCAAUUUAUUCACCCCUCAUCAUGGAUUUCUUUAAAAAAUUUAAAAACUAAUGUAAUCAUGUACAUGUAUAACUUAAUGUUCUUUUCAUGUAUUGAUCUAUUGUUUGUUCAAUAAAAUGCAAGAAAAGA